AUGUCGACUGGUCGCCCUUCCGGUCAAAGGUCGCACUCUGCUGUGAGGAAGCAAGCAGCGACAAAGCCUAAUCCUUCUCAAGCCUCGUUGACACCUAACCCUGAUACCGAGUUUCAACCUUGUGCCGCGACUGCCUCGUUUUUUCUCUACGCCCAAAGAAACAUUAUCCUCUGUCUGCACCACGAUACAUUGGCAAUAGAGCGACGAUUUGAUCGACAUCAAGAAGAUAUACUUUGGAUAUGCGCAGACACUGUCAGCGAAAGAGGUGCGGGUCGUUUGGCCGUCAGUUAUGACACAGGACACACUGCAAUUGUUUGGGAUAUUUCAACAGGAGAUGAGAUCGCUCGCUUUGCAGCGUACGAGCAGAUCAAGGUGGCAGCUUGGAUGAAAAAUGGAAACAUUGCUUUCGGAAACGCGCAGGGGAAUAUAAUAUUGUUUGAGCCUUCUAGUUCUGAGCACAUAUCCGCUCGUACAAUCUACGAUCCAAUUACAGCGAUAGCCCCGGCAGCAGAUUCGCGGACGUUCGCAAUCGGAUUCCAAAACGGUUCCAUCUUGAUUGCGACAUUGCAACCGCUCUUUACAAUUGUGCACAGUCUGACGACAUCGAAAGCUCCUUCUCGGAUCGCCGGACUUUGCUGGCAUGGUUCUUCUUCGCGCCAAAAAUCCGACAUGCUUGCCACUCAGACCGCAGAUGGUGAUCUCCGAGUUUGGAGUAUACCAAAAUCAGCUGUCGUUGGAGAAACGCCAAACAUUAUUCGAAUACUGAGUCGACUAGAAAUUGGAAGCCUAGGCCCUUGCUGGUUCUCAUGGUCUAAGAAUGGCCGUAUCAUACAACAUACAGACGGAGAAACACGCUCUUGGGACGUCCGUACCAAGAAUGUGAGUUUCCAGUCCGUACCAACUGUCGACGGUAUUGUCGGCAUCGCAUGCUACGGCCCAUCAUCAACACUUUUUACGCUUGGAUCAAACCACACUGUGCAACAGUACGAUGUGAAUCCGAGCGAAGUUCCAAUGCAAGUCGCUAGUAUACAGCACGCUCCGGGUCCACUUCCGCCGUCACCACCAAACUCGAUCGAAGAGCAAAAGAAAGAAGAGACGGCUAGAAAACAAGCCGCAGCCAGCGCUGCUCCGUUACCGUUUGCCUAUGUGGAUGCAGAUUCAAGCGAAGGUGAGCUCGGCACUAUGUCACCGCUUGAGAAGAUUGUGAAAGAAAUGGAUCAACUGGAAGACGAAAAGCAAGACCGGCUUGGUGCGCUCAGUCCAACAUCUAGUAGAGCCUCUUCGGUGAGUUCGCGAUCGUCCAAUGGUGGACGCAGAGUGCCGUCAUAUCGCUACGACAAGGCCCCCUCCUCACGAGCCUCCGAGGCGUCUUACAACGAAGGGACAGAGUUCUCAUUUGGUCUACCAUCACGAAGGCCUCGUGAGAGUGCCUCUGUCCGUUCAAUGUCUUCAUUGCGCUCCUCAGGUCUACGCAAAGAAAUCUUGAGAAGUUCAGACGAGGCUCAGCAGACGUCGCAGAUGGACCUUUUCCCGUAUACUCGAGCGAGACUGCGAGACGUGCCUUUUAGAACUCCCCAUUAUGGUCAAGCUCCUCGCACUGCAGAGCUUCUACGACAGGAAAUGCUAAGUGUUGUGUUUGGUUGGAAUGAUGACAUCGAGUCUCUGGUGCGCGAUGAAUUCAUGAGACAAAGGCCAGGGUCCGCUAGUAGCGUGCUCCUCUCGAAAUGGCUUGGUGAGUUUGGUGCAGAUACCAUGGCUGCUAUGGCGGGCUCCGAGAAUAUGACUUCUUCAGACUGGAUGUUGCUAGCUUUAAGUUCUAUGGGACCAUCUUCUGGAAAGCAGGUUGGUCAAGCAUUUGUCCAGAGACUCCUGGAGAAGGGUGACAUCCAUCCUGCGGUUGCAGUGCUCUUAGGGUUCGGCGAACACGAUGAUGCUAUAGAGGUCUACGUCUCUCGUGGCUUCUAUAUGGAAGCAGUUCUUCUGACUUGUUUGACUAUGAAGUCAGACUGGCAGAGGCAAUCUUACCUUAUUCGAAAAUGGGGCGAAGCCUCUGUGAUGCAAGGUCAACCAGAACUGGCAGUACGCUGUUUCUCAUGCACAAGCAUCGAAACAUCGGACUCGUGGUCCUCUCCUCGAGCACAAGGCGCAACCUUCUCUAGCCCAAAAGAACAAGGCAUCGGCCCCUCUCCUCUGAGCCCUCCACUUUCGCCGCCAUUUGCUGUUGGUGCAAAUCGGAAACUCACAAGAAAUGGAUCGCUGAAACUAAUCACGACAUUUGGUGAUAAGGGGAAUGCUCUUGUAUUGCCCUCUGCAGACCAGGUUACACCCAUGGCAGGUAUGCUUGGUGUUGGCGUCACACCAAUAGCUGAGUCUGCAAUUUCACCUGGUGGUGCAGCACCCUGGCUUCGUAGUGGUAGUAGAUUCGAUCGAGACCCAUCAUCAGCAAGGACAGCGACUCCUGGCGGAUAUAUGAGAAGACAACUGCCUUCCAGAAGUGGGACAUCACGAACACGAGAUACUUCUCAGACUCCUUUGACAGCCCGUAGAGAGGUAUCCGGACCAGCUCACGCUACAGAAAGUUCUGAGAUGAAAAAGUCUUGCCACGGUCGCAGCUCUUCGUCUGUCGUUUCGACUGGCAAAGUUCGAAGCCUUGAGCAGGUGUCAAAACAGCCUUCUCAUCCAGAUCGAUUGCCAUCACCAAGCAGUGAUGUUUUCUCGCGUCUGAAAAGCGACACUCGAAUUAGGAACGGAUCACGCGAAAGAGGCAAUAGUGAUCUCCACGUGCAAGUCUUUGAUACAACUUAUCUGCCAACACAGUCAUCUCAGGCCUCUACUGCUCGACCUGAACAUUUGGAUUCUUUCACAGACACUCGCCAGAGGCGAGACCAAGACCCAGAUGACACGUCAGAUUAUCGUGGACGGUCAGUCAAGCGAUAUAUUGGCGCACCAAAGAUAUCACCUUCAUCUCCAAUUCCCAUGUCGCCCGACGAAGUUGAAGCCAGUCGAGCAAUGGCUGCGGUCACUACUAACAGUAUAGAUGAGUCUUAUUACAGACAGCCCACACCACAGUACAAGAGUUCUGAUGUAGGACGCACCUCACGAGCGAGCAGCCAGACCCCGAAUAGACAAAGAGACCCUAGUCAGGUGGAUCAGCGCCUUGCGGUCAGACUCCGUGAAAGAAGCGAAUCUCGACAAAGACUCCAGAUCAGCAGGAGCAGAGCACCUUCUGUCAAAGGGGAACCCGAAUCUCGGACCCAAACCAAUCCUACCGCUGAAAGCCUUCGAAAGAGCCUGGAUGAAGAUAGCUCUGCUUCUGAGUCUGUGCGCCUUAGAGAUCUCCAAACUCUGACAAAGAAGCAACUCGCCGCCCGAGAGCUCGAGGAGAGGCGCGCUUCAUUGGCCAGGCGACCGUCGGCACCGGCAAUACCCUUGCCCAGUGAUGUCAAGACGCCUCCAAAAAGGCCUGUAAUGGCUCCUCGACAUCAUACUGAGCUCGGGGAUACUCCUAGCUCAUUCAUGCCUCCUUACUCUGGUGGUCAAAUCACCCGCAGCCAUACGGCCGAUCCGGAAUCCAAUGGUCGCUUCCCAAAUACGAAGAAUCCAGCAACCUCAACUCCAACAGUGCCGAUCGGGCUGCCAGCUACUCCCAGAGCUAUGAGACACCCACGCUAUAUGUCUGCUGAUCCGAACGAAGGUGAAGAAGUACCUGCUGUGCCACAGAUUCCGGAGACCCCUCCUCAACUUACAUCUGCCACGUUCCAGCAAGAGUCGCCUUCCUCAAAAGCCGCAGAAGAUGAUCAAAUCGCUCCUCUUCUACCUGCCACCGUAUUCGGACAGCAAGCAGCUCUAUCUCCGCCACGUUCUUCUUCGGCGCCACCUGAGACGAAUAUGGAUGGCACUCCAUGGCAUUAUAAGACGGUGCUGCCACAUUCUUCCAGACGAGGAUCUGUCACCAAAGGAGGUCCUAAUCGCAAAGUGACACUUACAGAAAACAAUCUCCAGCCUCAGCAAAGUCCUUUGACGAACAGGCCUAGUAUUGAUCAAACCUUGCAUGACACUCAAAUCGUCAUUGUGGAAGACUCCGAAUUGAUGCUGCCGGAACUACAACAUCUCGCGGGCCCCCCACCUCCACCUCCGCCAUUGAUGACAACCAAUCGUGUAAGCGGCCUCGGUGUAAUCGAUAUAGCCAUUGGAGAAGAGGAACCUAUGGUCAUUGAUGUCUUACCAACCAUUGACCGAGCACUGACAGCUCCUCCACUGAACAAUUAUGCGCAAACACAAGCACAAGCCCAAGCUCAUAUGCAAUCACAAGCCCAGAGGCGUGGUCGUGGCAGCAUUAGCGAAGGAAUCGGCUCACGCUUGCGAAGUGUGACGGAGCGUAUCCGUAACAAUAGCAAGUCCCGUACCAAAUCACCGCCGAUCGAGACUCACGUCCCUUCGCCUUAUGAGACGGUCCUUCCUAGCAUGUUUUCUAGACAGCCGCCUGAAAAUAGUCUUGCUCGGGCAACAUCACCCUACGAAGCUUCUCCAAUCAUAGCCAGCGCCGCGGCUUCUGAAGCAUCGCUUGCCAUGCAGAACGCCAUACCACCACCCCCGCCGCCACCACCACCACCAGCUCCACCUGCAUUUGUCGAACAGUCUGAGAUCUCUGCUAAAUCAAGUCAAGGAUAUCCUCACCCCCGUGAAGUUCGAGCAAACAUGCCACCAGAGACUCUCCUAUCUCCUGGAGUGUACCAACCAGACAAUAUGUUCUAG